UAAAAAUGUCAACUUCUAGUAUUGCUGUCUGUCAAAAAGCAGACAGAACCUGUACAAAGAAUCUAAAAAAAACUUUUAAUAUUGAAGAUUUGUAUUUAAUUGAAAAUAAUGUGGUACCAAAUAUUGCCAGGUUAUUGCUUAAUUGCCGUGUGCUUAGGCUUACCUGGGUGGGGACUCUACCACCUGCAUAAUGUGGUUUUAGGAAACCACUACAGGCGUUCAAUGCUUGACCGUUGGGACCGCAUGCUGUACCAGAGAGACACACGACUCACUGGCGAUGGUUAUAAAAUUCUUGGGCUGGAGAAUAUUCCAGACAAAUGAACAUAAAUACAUAGGUUGUUUGUAGUCUUGCUGUGUUUAAUUAAUAAAAUACAUAUGUUUUGUAGUUUAUUCA